CGUAGGUUGUAUGAACUUCUUUUUCAGCGACUGCUGGGUUCGUCAUAUUAAUGCCAUAUUCGUUAUUUGAGAUAGGUGCUAUUUAGUAAACAUUGUCACACGUAUUUAUUAAAAAAGGUCAAUUUAUCGCUAUAGCGUUUUACAGUUUGUAGUCCUAAAACCCGGAAGUAAGUUCGCUUUUUGAGGCAUGGGUUCCCUCGGGAGAUUUCCAACGCAUUUUUUCCCGUAGGGACUUCGUUUUUUGCCGAAAAUAAGGUCUGUGGUGAACGUAAGCCUAAGAGAGUUCCACGUUUUGUUUUACGGGAUGAAUUAUACCCAUUAAUAUCACCACUGUGGAUUUCGAAGCUGUUUUGUGCUUUUAAGAAGUAAGUUGCUAACGAGUUCAUUGGCUUGGCUGUGUAUGUACUACCUUGGUGAAGUCAGCAAAACUAGUGUGGCUAGUUUUCAGCCAGUGCAGAUCCACUGCAAUUUUCCACUCCCAGUAAGAAGGAGAAAACUGCAACAGACCAUGUCCACGGCCUGGUGCUCAUGACCUUGUGCUGUGCCACGAGCAUAGUUGAACGGAAAUUCCAUACAUCGUGUCAUCUGGGCUAUUCAUGAACAGCAGCCGUCUUUUCAUUCUCUCUUGCUUCAUGACAGAUACCUCUGGGAGGUAAGAUGAGGCCUUGCAUCGUUUAUCUAUGGUUCCAUUCACUGGAGUGGAGCUCUCUGGCAGUUCAGGGGUUAGUACAGCGUUGCCCUUGCUUGCUUUUUCCAUGCCCUUCAGGCCGUGGGCCCCCUGCUCUGGUGGCAUUGCCACAUGCAGCACAUGACCAGCCUCACUUGUGGUUUUUAGUUCUUCAAUUUCAAAUGUGUUAAUUUUAUGUUGCCAAAUGUGUUGUGCCCAGGUUUUGCCUUUGGAGGUAGUAUGUAAUGGUUUUGAGCUCAAGAGAACUUAUAGAAGGGUGUGAGUCUUGAGGAUGGAUUUUCCAUUAGGAUAAAACUAUUUCUCAAUCAGUGCCAGUGUGUCUCAAUCAGAUUUUUACAGCAGAGAUUAGAAAUGUGUUACUGCUCUUUAAACUUUAGUGUAUUAGUUAAUAGUCUUUGAGAAAUACAAUGGUUUAUGAAAGACUUCUCACCAAAAAACGUUUCAGCUGUAUUCAUAACAAUAUCAUACAUAUCUUGAAAAUAAUUUAAUUCUUGCAGGAAUGAGUCAGUAUGUAGCCUAUCUGAAAAAGGAACUAGAAGCACCAAGCAAUCAACGAUACACUACAGAACAAGGACGGGCAACCUUAGUCCUGGAGAGCCGCAGGGUGCAGUUUGGUGGUUUGUGUUUGCACCAUAAACUCAGCCACCAGUACAGACCCAAGAAACCAGAGUCCGUCUAUGACCUUCUCCCCAAAGAGCUGCAGCUGCCGUCCUCCACAGAGAGCAACAACGCAGCCAUGAGUCAGAAGAGUGGCGGAGAGGCCGGACCCCCCCCUCCGGCAGCGCUCGCUUCGGAUGCCACCUCCGCGUCCUCUUCCAUGUCCGUGGGGGGUCCCUGCAGUGCUUUUCCCGCCUCUUCCAGCCCCACCAUGCACUCCUCUACCUCAGUUACUGACCGGGCCUCCGCUCACAACGGCUGCUCUUCUGGAGAGGGGGUAAGUAGCCAAGGGGCGGCGGAAAUACUCGGCGUGGAUGGAAGGCUAUCGGGAUCCGGCGGGUGCGUCGGCGUCGAUGGUGGUGGCGGUGGUUGCCAGGCCGAUGGCAGCGGAGGAGGGGCUGGCCUGAUGGGAGGCGGAGUCGGAGGCGGAGCCGGAUCCGGGGCCCAACAGCAGCAGCAGCAGCACCUGCAGACGACGCCCUCCAAGCGGCGGACGGUGCUGAACAUCUCGCCCCCGCCGGAGGACCUGCUGGACGACAGCCGCAUGUCCUGCCAGGACGAGCCCCUCCAGGACUCGGAGCAGAGCGGCGGCCUCUGGGUGGAAGACUCGGCCUCCAACUUCAGCCUGGUGAGCUCCAGCUCCUACAACGACAACAGCGAGGUGCCCCGCAAGUCUCGCAAGCGCACCCCGCGCCAGCGCCCGGGGCCCAAGCCCGCCGCCGCCCAGGACGCCAGCAUGGACGUGUUCGACGCCGACAGCGCCAAGGCGCCCCACUUCGUCCUCUCCCAGCUGGGCCCGGACAGCAAGGCCUGCCCCAAAGGAAGCCUGGCGGAGGCCCCGCAGACGGGCGGCCAGAAGGGCGGGGCGCUGUCGGUCCAGUACCCGGUGAAGGCCGAGGGGAAGGAGCUGAAGAUCCUGGUGCAGCCGGAGAGCCAGCACCGCGCCCGCUACCUGACCGAGGGCAGCCGGGGCUCGGUCAAGGACCGCACGCAGCAGGGCUUCCCCACCAUCAAGCUGGAGGGCGUGAGCGAGCCCGUGGUGCUGCAGGUGUUUGUGGGUAACGACGCGGGGCGCGUCAAGCCCCACGGCUUCUACCAGGCCUGCCGAGUGACGGGCCGCAACACCACGGCCUGCAAGGAGGUGGACGUGGAGGGCACCACGGUCAUCGAGGUGUGCCUGGACCCCAGCACCAGCAUGACCCUCGCGGUGGAUUGUGUGGGGAUCCUGAAGCUGAGGAACGCGGACGUGGAGGCCCGCAUCGGGGUGGCGGGUUCCAAGAAGAAGAGCACGCGGGCCAGACUGGUGUUCCGGGUCAACAUCCCUCGCCCAGACGGGUCCAUUCUCACCCUACAGACCCCGUCGUCCCCCAUCCUCUGCACCCAACCCGCGGGGGUGCCCGAGAUCCUGAAGAAGAGUCUCCACAGCUGCACGGUGAAGGGCGGAGAGGAGGUCUUCCUCAUCGGGAAGAACUUCCUCAAGGGAACCAAAGUCAUAUUUCAGGAAAAUGCGUCCGAUGAGAAGUCUUGGAAGGCCGAGGCUGAGAUUGACAUGGAGCUGUUUCAUCAGAAUCAUUUGAUCGUGAAAGUCCCUCCAUAUCAGAACUUGGGGAUCUCCUCGCCCGUAUCCGUGGGGAUCUAUGUGGUGACCAAUGCUGGGAGAUCCCACGAUGUGCAGCCCUUCACCUACACUCCAGAGCCAGUAAAUACGGUGGACAUUUACAUCAAGAAAGAGGCUCCACCCCCAGCGAAGCCAUGCACGUUUGAAGGGCAGAUUAAAGUAAUCCAGAGCAGUAGCUGCUUGGACAGUGCCUUGAUGAGUCCCAUGAUGCCCCUGGUCAAGAGGGAAGAGGUCACUCCCAUGGAGGUAUCCAACACCCCCUCUGCAUCCAAUGUCUUCAAGCCGACCUCGGACAUCAUUGGGUCACCCCAGCAGUCUCUGGAAAUGAGCUCCAGCGCUCCCCCCAACCCCAGCCCCUAUCCCAGCCCCAUGACCCGCCCGCCCGGAGACCAGGAACCGCCGCAAGGCGUGGUCUACGCCAGCUCCGAGCCGUUGAGCACCAUCCAGAAGCAGGACCUGGCGGGCGCCGGCUCGUUCCCGGGGCCCGGCGACGCCCUGCUCCAGCAGGUCCCGCAGCAGUUCCUCCAGGACGGAGUGGCCCAGCUGGAGAGGGCCGUGCGCCAGCUCCAGGCGGGCGGGUUCGGCUCCUCGGCCUCGGGGGCGGGGCCCAGCCUGGUGGAGCAGGUGCUGGAGGCCGCCGCCCAGCAGCAGCUGAGCUCUGUGCUGUUCAGCGCCGCCCCCGCGGCGGACGGCGCGGAGGUGCAGGAGAUGCAGCAGGCGGAGAGCUCCAUCGCCACGCAGCAGCAGCAGCAGCAGCAGCUCCAGUCGGAGCUCUUCCAGUGCGGGCUCUUCCAGGCCGGGUCCCGCAGCGGGACCCCCGAGCAGCAGGGCUCCCCGCAGGCCAUGGUGCAGAGCCACGCCACCCUCUUCCAGGCGUCAGAAGGCCUGCUCCACAGUGCCCCCCAGCAGCAGCAGCAGCAGCAGCAGCAGCAGCAGCAGCAGCAGGCCGCGCUUUUCCAGCAAGCCGAGGAGCUGCUCUCCAUCCAGACCUCCUCCUUCCUCCAGCAGCCCCCCUGCCACCCCUCCCCGCCCCAGCAGCUGUUCCACAGCCCCAGCCCUUUGGACGAGGCAGCGGACCCGCAGGGGGCGCUCUUCCAGGCCACCCUGACCAUGCUGACGGGCUCCUCCCUCUCGUCCCCGGAGCAGCAGCCGCCUGGCCCCUCCCUGUUCCUGCCCGACGCCGGCCAGCAGACGGCGUUCCUCACCCCCAUGCAGACGGCGCCCUCCGAGCGGCAGCCCGCGCCCCACCCGGCGAAUCCUCAACCGGGGCCCCCGCCCGCAUUCCAGAACCUCUCCCCCCACACCGCGGCCAGCGCCCUCCCGCCCCCCCAGCAGCAGCAGCAGGCCGGGCUCCUGUACUGCAGCGACGGCCGCGGGGGCCGCGAGCAGCCGUCCGGCCUGCUCUUCAGCGGCCAGGCCCCCGGCGCCCCCCCGCAGGAGCCCCGCGGCGCCCCCCUCCUGUUCUCCCGGGCGGGCGCCGUGGAGGCCUCCGAGCCCAUGUCCUUCCAAGACCAGAGCUCGGAGGCGGGGGCCCAGCCGGGGGGCGACGGUCCCCCGCAGGCCCUGUUCCAGGACCAGCAACCCAUGCAGGUGGGGCCCAGCUCCGGCCCCGCCUCCGAGCAGCCCGUGAGCCUCUUCAUGUCCCAGACGGCCAUGUUCGCGGCGCAGAACGGCGUGGGGGGGCUGCAGACCAGCAGCUCCUCCCCCGUGCAGCAGCAGCCCGGCUCGCUGUUCCAGACGGCUGUGGGCGGGACCCUGAGCCAGCCCGGCCAGACCGAGCAGACCAGCCUCUUCCUCUUUGGGAUCCAAAACGAGUGCGGCCAGCUGAUAAACUCCACCGGCCCCAUGCUGUCUGACCAGCUGAUCGCCAUCAGCCAGUCGGGCCAGAGCCAGCGCGAGAGCGACGCCCAGAUCCAGUCUCUGCUGGGCCAGUCCCUGUCCGAGUCCUCCGGCGCCAUGCAGGGCGGCCUGAGCGCCUCGCAGAACAUGGAGAAGAUCGACGACCUGCUGACCAGCCUGCAGGAGCAGAGCAACACCCUCUCCCGCUCCUACUAGGGGGCUAAGGGACUUGACGGGACUCGGGCGGUGGUCCUGUCGGGUGCUGAGGAACCCAACGGUGUCCCCAGCCAACCAGAAUCCCCAGCAGGACUUCAGAACUUUCUGUUCAGUUUUAAUAUUUUAAUGUUGCAGCACUGCCCCCUAUCAGCCAGCGCUGGGGCGCGGAGUAGAAGCCCCAGAGGUUUUCCGUUUAGCUUGCCUUGUGGCAUGGCUUCGUGGCGCAGCCUUCUCUGGUUAGGCCUCAGCACAGAUUGAAGUCCUGUGUUUGGUGAAAUAUCCGCGACGCUCUAAAAAGCAUUUCUCAGCCUCGUAGGCUGUCAGUGAGCACACGCACAUCCCGAGAUCUUUUUGGCGGUACACCGCGUCGGCUUGACUGGGCUGUGAAGCUCAGUUUGUGUGUCUCUUUCGCUUUUUAAAACAACACUUUUGGUAAAUGUAAACAAAACCUGUACAAAUUGAGAAAAGUAGACCUUUGUAAGAAUGUUUUUGACCUUCUACCUUCAGCACUUUAUAAAGCUCUUCUUUGUGACAAGUUGCUCCUUAUAUGGGCAUAUAGCUCUCCAUGGUCUCUGAAGUCCGUUGUGUAUGUGAAUUUGAAGAGACAGAAAAACGUAUAAAGCUGUAUUGUUAUAUGAAUUUCUCUGCCCUAUUUACUGUACAUAGUUCUAUUUUCUUGUAUGUCUCUGAGUCAGGACUAAGAUUUUAUAUGGAGUCCAUUACACUCCUUGUGCCACCCAACUGUCCCUUUCCUCUCCUGUUCCGAGCUCAGAUGUUUUUCACCUUGUGCAAUUGGCAUUUGUGAUAAAAAAAGGUGAUGAAGCUAAAGGGGAGUGUUCACAGGAGGAAAAAAUAAGACCAAACAAUUUGCCAGGGUUCCCACUUUUUGAAAAUAUGUUAAUUCUGGGAAAUGAUGGAAAGUAAUAUUGUAAUAUUCCACUGGCCAAAGGAAGAAAACUGUUUAUUGUGAUCAACAUGCAUCCGUCUUUCUUGCUGACACACUAGCUUCAGGUCAUGUCCUAUCAAAUACAGAAUCUGUGUGCUCAUAAUGUUAACAAAUUGCUAACUGGUUUGUAAGUUAAUUACACUCACAAAAGUACCGUAGUAGUAAUGUGAAUUAGUGGACUUAAAGUCUGUGUCUGCCUCGCAAAAGUAGCCCAAUAUCGCAAAGUAGCCAUGUCAAUUGCACUACAAACAAAUCUGGGGUAAUUUGCCAUUAUAAAUGGAAAAUGUAAAUGAAACUUCAGUGGGAAGCCAGAGUUUAGGCCACUCAAAAAAAUAUUCAUCAUUACGUUUGGUUUGAAUGUAAGUCUGUCUUUGAACAUGCUGUGGGCAUAAUGAUGACAACUUGUGUGACAAUGGGGUCAUAAACCAGCAUGUUCUAUUGGGAUAAAUUAAGACAUGUUAUACUGUGUUAAGUACAACUGUACAUACUUUUUUUUGUGCUAGUUCAUGUGAUGUUCUCAGAGCGCCUGGAGCUUGUGUGGUCAGUGGGCAUUUGGGAAUUGGAGAGCCCCAGUGUUACCAGUGGAAAAGGAAAGGAAGCCGCUCUUUUGCAUAAUUUGUUUUUAACGUUUAUUUUCGGUCUGUAUCUUACCGUGAAACACGGAUCUCCACAGGGUAGGUGGAGGCUUAUUGUACGUCAUUGACGGCAACAUUACUAUUUGCAUACGAAGGCCGUAUUGUCCAACGGUGACCAUACUGUGCGAUAUAGAGCAUGUGCGAAUGUCUGUAUACCAAUGUCUGUGGAUCUCUGCGUUGGCUCCCCCUCUGGUUGAUCCUUUAGGUGAAGCUGCGGGGGAGGUGGGAGUGGGAGAAGAGGGGCGGCUCAUGUUAACAAUUACACUGCAGAUAUGAACACGUCGGGGCGUGCUGGAAAGCUGCCAAACCGGACUUUUGUUUACUAUGCUCUGGCAGUGCACAUACAGGACCGUCUGUACCUGACUGGAACAAGGCCAGGUCUCAUCUUGUGGGGGUUUUUUUUUUUUUUUUUGGGUUUCAGCACCCAAGUGUGUCUCAAGUGUGGCAGAAUCUUAUUGCUGCCAUUUUAAUCAUUUUAAGUGGUCAUCAUCACCCUUUCUCCGUUUAAUAAAGGAACAGUGGCGUGCAGCGUGGACUGUGGUGGUUUUGGUGUUUUAAAGGGACCCUCUGCUGCAUGCGCUCUGGGGCCGCUGGGGUAAACACUAUGCGGUCGUUUAGGGCCAAAACCAUCUCUGGGCCGCAGGUUUUAGGGCUGGGUGUGACUGGUGUUGGAGCACCACAACAACAUUCUUUUUUUCGGACCACCAAAACCCUAGGGCCUACUCUGGCGAUUAGCAGUCUUUAACUUGUCAGUUAGUCAACACUGUUGUUGUGAUCUGCCACAGAUUUUUAUGUGAAAUUUUGAACUUUUGGAAUGUGUUUUAAUGUUUAUUUUUUUAGUUUAACUGUUAUUUUUGUGGGAGCUAAGCAGAGAAAAACAUAUCAGGUUAAUUAGUAUUUGUGGUACUGUCCCUGUUCUUACCACUUUAGCAAUUGGCUUUUUUAUAUAAACUUCUCUUCCUCUACUAUAAAUGCCCUGUUGGCAGUGGGGUCUCAUGAUAAUCUCAGUCUAUUCAGCACAUUCUUUUUAAUCUUUUUAAUUGUACCCUGUACUUUAUACUAUGAUGUAAAGAUACAGAUGAACUUACGUAGCUUUCUUCAUAUAAUUUAUAUUGUUACAUUAGAUCCAUUAUGAUACAAGAUAUAUUUGUUCCAAGCUAAGCUGUAACAGCAGUUGGAUAAUCAGUGUUUCGUUUGUGGAAUCCUGACCCCUUUACUGUCAGUACUAGAGCUUCGAGAACUGCUUGUAGACCGAUAAAAGCACAGGAUGCUAGUUCAGGCAAUGCCAAACAUGAAGCCAUACAUACAGAUAAAAUAUAAUCCAUGAAAUACUGAUUUAAACAAAAUGUGUAUACGUUACCUCAGUUGGUGUAGGUUGCGCGCACACAGCUGCUACAUAUGAUGCCGGACCAAUUUAAGUAUAUUUAAAACGGAAUUUGGACAAGUUUUAUUUGUACACAAAGUUUAUUUUUUUCCAAACUCAAGCACUGAGUUACAAUUCUGUUUUCCAGUUUUAAUGUUUAGUAAACAACUUGUUUAUGAGGGGGCCAAUUAAAUGCCUUUUGUUAAUUCUUUGAAUGGAGGGAGGGGUACAUUUCUGUAAAGCAGUGUUUCCCAACCGGUGUGCCGUCAUGCAAGGUCAGAUGUGCCGUCUGAAAAAUCCUUUAAAAAAAUUUUCGAAGUUCAAAUGAAUUUCAAAACAAGUGAACAAGUCAUAAACAAAGCCCAAAUAAAUGUCAAUAAAAUGCAUAUUGCUUAAAUAAAACCCCAAAAGUACAUUUGGGCCUACUGUUGACACGCCCCAUCAAGGUCUGUAUAUUGCUCGCUUUUGAGAGUGGUGUGCCAUGAGUUUCUGUUCAUUUGUAAAGUGUCGUGGAAGGAGAAAGGUUGGGAAAUGCUGGUCUAGAAGGCCAUGUUUAUUUUUUAUGUAUUUUUUUUUUUUUUUUUACUUCACAGAAUUACACCUGGGAGGGAAAUCGCAUGUGUGCACGAUUACAGCCUCACAUGGACCAUGUAACUUGUUUUACGAGCCAGAUUAACCAAUUAUAAUACAACUUGAAAUUUACAUGUUGGAAGAAUGUUCAGCGGGUACCAGUCAAUAUCUUUUUUUUUUUUUAAUGGAGGAAGAACAUGUGCCUUGACAACUUGCAUUUAGAACAGAAACCCUGUUUCUGUACAUAGCUGCCUGUUAAUGUUCACAAAUGGUACAGCUGUCAGUAAAGGUUGUCUUUUGUUAAUGACUGUCAAACCAUCAGACUUUGGUGUUGCAUUAGGUUCACUUCAAAAUAACUCAAAAACAGUGACUAGAUGAGUGUAUAGUUUCCUGCAUUUUUGUCGACUUUUAAUCAAAACCAUCCAUUGCAUUUAUGUUGUGAAACUUAAGUGCAAUUGAAGUCUUGUCUCAAACUGCUAUGCAGCUUGACUCAGUAUAACUGUAAAUCUGUUACCUUUAUCUUUUCUAAAAAAAGAAAUUAUAUUUAGCCUCUUGUGAUUUUAUUCAUUAUGAGGGAAAGGGGAAAAUGAUAACUAAUUAUUAUAAUUAUUUAUGUAACUUAAAAAAGCUUUUUCUUUUAUGUGGCACCAAGGAGAUUUUCUGCAGAGUGUUUGUGUUAAAGGACUUUGUUGACAUCAACAAGAUGAUAUAUUUUACUGAAAUUUUAAAGAUGGGUGUCACCAGCUUUUUUAUUUUAAGUAUUAUGAGUUAGCCAGACAGUUUACAAAAACAUUCCCUAUGUGUUUUAGCUGUCUGACCAUCUGUGUGAAAGCUUGCUUUGAACCCAGUAAAUGUGUAUUUUGUUUCUUGGUUUUGUGUUGACAUAUAGCACUGACAUGGGUUGGGUGUAGUUUGUCUGUGUUUUUAGCUACAAUGUGAACAAAUUUUUAAUAUUUGAGUUUACAGUAUAAAUCUAUUAAAUAUGUUUUUUUGCUUUUGUCAGGACAUUUGUAUACCUGUAAUUAUGUUUCUGUCAACUUGAUGCUGUCAAUAUAUCAAUAAAAUAGAUUUUAAGUUGA